AUGACCAACAUCAUGUCUUCCGCCUCGGGCAUGCCUAGCAGCCCCACGAAGAAGAAGAGUCGCAAUCGCGCCGGUCACAUCAAAGAUGCCAAGGCGGCACAAGCAAGCGCUCUCUCCGCCAGUCUCGAGGAUCGCAAGGCCAAUGAGGGUGACUACGAACAGUCUCUCGAGGAGACUGGCCCUGAAGAUACCUUCGCCGUUCCACCAGCCUACCAGCCAGCUCGUCACAUCUUCAAAGUACGUCUCCUACGAGUGUCGUCGGCACCGGCAGUCAGUACUAACAAGCUUCAUAGGUCGGACAUCAAAGCCAUCGCAUUCCCACAGCAGGAUACCAAGGCCUCUGAGAAGACCGCAAUCCAACCAGAGACUGAUGUCGCCGAGAUGUGGGAGAGACUUGCGACGACCGAGGCGUACAUUGCCGAGCUCGAGGAGAUGAACCAGCGUCUCGAGAAUGAGCUCGAGGCCAGCAAGCUAUCACAACCCAUUCCAGCGACAGUGACCAACGGUAACAAGGUCGCUGGGGCGGGCAACGCCACAGUCGAGGCCCUGCGAUCGCGCCUCCGCAAGUACAAGAAGCUGGCCGAGGACCGUGGCAACCGCUGCAUGGCCUUCAUACGCUCGAACCGGUCCCUACGCAACAAGCUCGACGAGCUCCACAUCAACAUGCGGCCGGCCGCCAAGCGCGACAGCGUCCGCGUUUUGCUGCUCGAGGACAUUCUCGCUGAGCACGAGGAGCGCCGACGUAUGGACAAGAAGCUGCUCGCGGAGAUCAUUGCGAAGCAUCCUAUCCGUCAGGAUCCACAGAAGAUUUGA